AGUAUCCUUGUCUCGUUUGUAACCCAGGUUGCGAAGGAAUUUUUUUUUCUCUCAAUACUAAAACGACGUCGUCUGGAUCAUCACGCUCCCUUGCCCUCGCAGCCCGUUUUCAUGCCUUCAGGCUUCAACCAUGGGCCAUUCCCAUCCGAUCUUCGGAAAAAAAAGAAAAAAAACUCCUCUCUCUCUCUCUCUCUCUCUCUCUCCAUGGAGAUGGACUCUCUCCCCAACGGCAACACUGCCCCCGCCUCGGCCGCAGUGGCCGCCGCGGCGGGCGCGGCUGCACCGUCCUCGAAGUUAAGCCAAUUAGCGGAGUCGCUGAAGCUGGAACACCAGCUCCUGAGAGUCCCCUUCGAGCAUUACAAGAAAACAAUCCGCGCCAACCAGCGGAUCGUGGAGAAGGAAAUGUCUGCCGUCAUAUCCGGCGUCGCCGAAGCUGCCGACGCUGACUUGUUACCAGACGACGCCGUUCACCAUCUCAAUUCUCUGGUUUCCAGAUUACAAGGCCUCAAAAGAAAGUUGGAAGAGGGAAGUCGCACGGAGCACUUGCAAGCACAGAGGUGUCGGGCUCGGCUUGAUUAUCUAGAAUCAGCAGAUGCUGAUAAUAUAUCAGAGUGGAACAACACACGAUUGAAGCGGAUUCUUGUGGACUAUAUGUUGCGAAUGUCAUAUUAUGACACUGCAAUGAAGCUAGCAGAAAGCAGCAAUAUACAGGAUCUCGUUGACAUUGAUGUGUUCCAUGAAGCAAAAAGGGUUAUUGAUGCACUGCAGAAUAAGGAGGUAGCUCCUGCUCUAGCUUGGUGUGCUGAGAACAAGUUCAGGUUGAAGAAGGCCAAGAGCAAAUUUGAAUUCCAGUUAAGACUUCAAGAGUUCAUAGAGUUGGUUCGAGCUGAAAACAGCAUGCGGGCAAUUACAUAUGCUCGAAAGUAUCUUGCUCCUUGGGGAGCUACCCAUAUGAAAGAAUUGCAGCGAGUCAUGGCAACGCUGGCUUUUAAGAGUAGUACUGAAUGUGCAACUUACAAGGUACUAUUUGAACCAAAGCAAUGGGAUUAUUUAGUGGACCAAUUCAAACAGGAAUUUUGCAGGUUAUAUGGCAUGACUCUUGAGCCUUUGCUGAAUAUAUAUCUGCAAGCAGGCCUUUCUGCUCUGAAAACUCCAUUUUGUUAUGAAGAUGAUUGUCCCAAGGACGAUCCACUGUCACAGGAGAGCUUCCGAAAGCUGGCGUUGCCUUUGCCAUUCUCAAAGCAGCAUCACUCAAAGCUUGUUUGCUACAUAACUAAAGAGCUAAUGGACACAGACAAUCCACCACUGGUCUUGCCUAACGGCUAUGUGUACAGCACCAAGGCUCUCGAAGAAAUGGCCAAGAAGAACAAUGGGAAGGUAACCUGUCCAAGAACAGGCUUAGUGUGCAACUAUUCAGAUGCAAUCAAGGCCUUUAUUUCGUAAAUAGCUCGCUGCUCAUUCCAAUCGUGGGCAAGCUCAUUUUCUGUUUCAAGGGGGAUAUUUGUGUGCCAUGUUUGGUACACUAGGUCAGAGACCAACUACAUGUACAUAUGCAGUCAACAUUUUACUGUGUCUUAGGUACCUUUGAACCUUCUGCCUGUUCUUUUGUUUCCGAACAUAUAGAGAGACAUUGUAUAUUUGACAUUUUUAUUGUGGGAAUUCUGAGCUCUGAACAUUCAGAUGCAAUCAAGGUCUUUAUUUCAUAAA